CACGCGGUCGGGCCAGCGAGACCAGCAACAGUUAGCAGCGGCGGCGAGCCAGGCGGUCGUGAGAGCAGUCGGAGGCAAAUGGCACCGCGCAGGCAGGCGAAGCAACCGGCGGUGGAGAGCGUCGUGGUAGCCGCUGCCGACGGCAAUGUGACGCCGCCGAAGAAGAGGAAAACCGCGGCAAAGCCGGCGGCCGCGUCUGCAGACGAGCCGAGGUCGGCUAAGGGCAGGGGCCGGCAGGCGAAGGCGGGGGAGGUGGCCGCGGUGGCUAGCGGGUCCACGUUUUCGCCAAAGAAGUUGCGCAGCAGGGUGAAAGCUGCCCCCAGCGCUGCCACUGCCGUUGCCCCCAGCGCGGCCACUGCCGCUGCCUCAAAGACUCGUGGCGGCAAGACCGCGGCGACUGCGAAAAAGGCGGGAACCAAGACCGCCGCGGCAAAGCCGAAGGCCAAGUCGCCGGUUGCCAGGAGGCAAAAGACCCGGGACGAGGUCGGCGCCGGGGAUUCUGCCGGCAAGAAGAGCACUGCCAAGAGCCCCGCGAAGAAGAAGACGACGACUCGUCGUAAGAAAGCGGCCGAGGAGAGCGACGCGCCGACACUGCCCGCCGCGAAGACACCUAGAAAACGGAAGAAUGUAGAGAACGCGGGCGAAGCCGCUGCAGAGGCGCAGGCCGCCAAGGAGGAGGGGCUCGCCAGCAAGAAACCACGCGGCCAGCCAAAAGCUGAUAGUGCGACCACGACGAUGCCCAAGAGGAGACCUAAGAAAACUCCUGCGAAAGAGGUUCCCGAACCACCGCUGGAGGAGGCAAAGAUCAAAAAACGAAGUAAGGAGCAAGGUGCAGCUGUACAAGAAACCAAUUCAAAAGCCAAGACUGCAAAGAAGGGAAGUGCAAGAAAGGCUGCUCCCAGGGGGAAAAAUGCUGUUGCAGAAAAGAUCGACGAGGCAGAAGAGGCGGCAACAUCUGAAGUCGACAUCAGACAGAAUGGAGAGGCACAGGAGGUGGAGCCUAAACAAAAAAAGCGAAAUGCGGGGAGAGUGAAUGCGGCGAUGAACGGAAAGGUCGAGGCGAAGAAGGAGGAACAGUUGAAGGGUCAAGUGGCUGCUGCGCCUGUUGAGGAGAAAGAUGCGUCGAACGAUGUAAUCGCUGAGAAUGAAGAGAAUGAAGAGAAAGAAAUGAAUGCGGCGCCAGAAAUAGACGAGAAUGGCACGAAGGUUGAUAGUGCCUCGGUACUCUCGCCGGACGAAAACAAAACAAACGAGGUCGAUACUAGUGUUGACUUGAUCAAAGAUGAGUCUGACACAUCAACAGAAGUGGAAAGGGCGGGGAAUUACCUGUGCUUUUAAAAAAAACUACAGAACUUGUUGAGGGAUAGAACGUAUAUGGGCUUGUAAUAAGCGUAAUAUGAAAAUGUUACCGGAAAAUACGUUUCGAGCAAAAUAUAUUUUUUUAAAGAUGUCUUA